GUGGAAGUGAAGGUCAUAUUUUGUUAGGUGUGAAAGCUAUCAUACUAUACACAUGGAGUCGUCGCCAUCACGUUCCAAUUCCGAGAUCUUGAUGCUCGCCCUAUCUUUGCAUAGCAUUGCGUUCAUGUUGGCAUUAACGAAUAUUCGAACUCAAAUGAUGAAAGAAAAUCAAUCUGCUUUUGAGAUCAACGGAAACAGAGUGUUUAUGAUCGUUGCUAUUGUUGCAUUAAUUAUGGUUGAAGUCACGUCUGGGAUUUUGCUUUGUACAAAUAUAAGGGGUAAAUGUUACACCAUUUUGCAAUUUAUUGGUCUCUUCUCGACAAGCUUUGCUCCUUUCUCGCUUUUGAAGGUGUUGGAAAUCUUACCCGGAGACAACUUGGCGUGCUAUUUAUUCAGUUAUGUCUUCUUUGGGAGCAUAUUUGCAUUAUUUGCAUGCAUUAUGAUUAUGUGUUUUAGAGAUGAUAAUGAUGACAAGAACCUCAACAAGAGUUCAUGCGUUUCUAUUUUCACUUGCUUAGGACUUGUUCUUGUACCUCUUGCACUUGUGUUUGUGUUAUUUGUCCCCAAAAAUAUCGAUUGGAUUGUGUAUUCGGUCAUAUAUCCAUCCAUUGGAAUGGAAGUUAUAUGCUUCUUUAUCCUCGUCGUCAAGGACUUAAUUUACAUCACGAUUACUUGGGACGAUAAACAAAACUUGGAAGCUCAUCAAGGGAUCCAACAUACAUGACAAGAUCAACAAUGACUUGGAAGCCAACAAGACAAGAACAACAAUCGUCCUUGAGUUAGUUACUUACUUACAUGCAGGCUGUCUUUAUUUUACAACAACAGCAUAUGUU